UGUAACAAUAGUAAAGGAAUGGAUGAAAUGUUUAAAUGAACAUCUAAAGGAAUUUACAUCAUUAGAUUAUCAUAAAAAUUUUUAUAUGAAUAAUCUGAAUAUCCAGAAAAAUGAUAUUUAA